UGGUGCACAUGGCCAGUUGAAGAAACUUGGACAAUUUGCGGCAUGGUUGGAUCAAGGCAUUUGCGAGGGACCGUACUCUCACGAGUUCGCAACCUUCUUCGUUCGGGUGGAAUAAAAAAGCCACCACUUUGGUUUCCAGUAGUCGAGGCAUUUCCUCCCUUAAAGGAGACGAAACUGACUAGAAAAGGUGACGAAGAGUUGAUGCACAAGAUUCUAUACCCUGAAGAUGAAUUCAGAAGGCUUUUUUACAAGAGAUUCAAUACAAGCCAGCCUCUGUCCCUGUGGGGAGAACAUCAUUCUUACUGUGACAGAUUUGUGGAAGGAUGCAUGGAGAAAGUGAACAUGGGGUAUGACAAAGAGAAAGCAGUGGAAAGUACAGUUAGGGAACUUUUCACUGGUCAAAGCACUGCAAUACCAGAUACUGUGUCUGAGGACUGAAGAGUUUUCUCCUCACAUGUGGAUAAAUAAUAUUACAGAAAAUUGGAUUUUCCAACAGGUGAUCUCAAGAAGUUUCCAUCAGUCAUCUAAGCAGUUAUUUAACCUUGAGGGAAAUUUGUGUAGGAGCUAUGAAAUCAUGAAUUUAACUUCAACAGAAACGGAAGGAACAACACCAUUUCCAAGAUGCAACCAUAGGUAGUUGAGAUGUUUUAGUUUCUGAGCCUUCAAUGUUGUUGAGACAUUGUGAAAAUUUCUGUCCCAAAAAUAUACAAGUCCUUUGCUGUUAUGGUUUUAGGAACUAUUUGUCUUAUGGGUAUGAUAAGAACUUUUUCCUUAAAGCUUUUUGAAAAAUGUAAUUCAAAUACCCAAAUUAAAAGAGCAGAUGUUUGGUGUCACAAAGACACCAUCUGAAGAAAAGAU